UCCAUCCGUGCAUCCCUUCAUCCCUGCAUCCCUCCAUCCCUCCCUCCAUCCCCACACCCCAGGGCUGCAAAACCUUCCCCUAGCCCCCGGAGAGGAGCAGCAGGAGCAGGCAGCACCCAGGCAUUUGGGGGGGGGGCGCGCAGCCCCCGCACCCAGCGCCCACCCUGCUCGUGGCCGCCCUGCACCGGGGAUGAGGGAGCGCCGAGGGGAUCACGGCUCNGCGGCGAUGCUCGGGUCUCCUCUGCCAAGCAGCUGGUGGGAGAUCGCCCCCCCCGGCCCCACCAUGCCCUCCUCCAAGACGGGCAGCGAGUACUGGAUCGACGGCUCCCACCGCGAGACCGCGCUGGAGGAUUUCUACGUCGUGGGCCCCGAGCUGGGACGGGGAGCCACCUCCGUGGUGUACAGCUGCGAGGAGAAGGGCACGGGCGCCCCGUACGCCGCCAAAAUACUGAAGAAGACGAUCGACAAAAAGAUCGUGAGGACGGAGAUCGGGGUCCUGCUGCGCCUCUCGCACCCCAACAUCAUCAAGCUGAAGGAGAUCUUCGAGACGCCCUCCGAGAUCGCGCUGGUGCUGGAGCUGGUGACGGGAGGAGAGCUCUUCGACAGGAUCGUGGAGAGGGGAUUCUACAGCGAGCGGGAUGCGGCGCACGUGGUCAAGCAGAUCCUGGAGGCUGUGUCGUAUUUGCAUGAAAACGGAGUCGUCCACCGCGACCUGAAGCCGGAGAACCUGCUCUACGCAGACCUUUCCCCCAACGCUCCCCUGAAAAUUGGUGACUUUGGGCUCUCCAAGAUCGUGGAUGAACAGGACACCAUGAAAACCGUCUGCGGGACGCCAGGGUACUGCGCCCCUGAAAUCCUCCACGGCUGCCCGUACGGCCCAGAAGUGGAUAUGUGGUCCGUGGGCGUCAUCACCUACAUCCUGCUCUGCGGGUUUGAGCCCUUCUUCGACCCACGGGGGGACCAGUACAUGUACAGCCGCAUCCUCACCUGCGACUACGAGUUCGUGUCCCCGUGGUGGGACGAGGUUUCCCUCAACGCCAAGGACCUGGUUAGAAAAUUGAUCGUCUUGGACCCCCAGAAGAGACUGACUGUGUACCAAGCUCUGGAGCACCCCUGGGUCACUGGGAAGGCCGCUAAAUUUGCUCACAUGGAUAGCACGCAGAAGAAACUGCAGGAAUUUAACGCCAGGAGGAAACUGAAGGCUGCCAUGAAAGCCGUGGUGGCUUCCAGCCGCUUGGGCAACCACGGGCACCACGACUGCUCCAGGAGCGGGCGCAGCCGGGGGGGGCCACGAGGCCCCCACCUGCCCCAGGGGCCGGGGAGCGCCGUCCCCGAAGCCACCGCCGCGGCCGAGGACCUCGAGGCUUUUCCUGCCGUGCCCCAGGUCCCCGUGAACGGCGCCAGCUGCAGGAGCUAACGCUGCUGGGCGCCGCGGCCGGCUCACAUCCUCGAGCAAUACCCCAGGGACUCUCGGAGGCGGCCACGGGCAGAGGCAGGGGCGGAGGAAGCCGCAGCGGGACGGGAGCACCCCGAGCGAGGCGCGGCGUGCUGUAGGUGUGCUGUGGGUGCGCGUGGUCUGUGGUGUGAAGCAUCCUUCUGUCGUGUCCUGUUGCCAGUGCAGUUGUAGCCGGUCGCUGUGAGUGUUGAGUGUCUGUACGGACCUGCGAAAACAAGGCUGGUGACUCGGUCUUCCAACAACUUACAGUUUUGGCCGCUGUGGCUUUAAAAAGUGCCCAAGUGGCUUUAAAUUGAGGAGCAAACAGCAGAAAAAGGAUUUAUUUCACCUUCCCUGCAAAGGCAGUCAGUUAUCUUAACAACACAGUUUUCUACAUUUCUGUAAAUAGCCCUUAAGGGUGCAUUACUUAGGAGAGAAGGUGAAUUUAGCUGAUUUCUGACAAUCUACAUUCCACCUACGAUCGCUGCUACAAGACCCAGCCGUGGGUUUGCUGCUGUAUUCCACCAGGGUUGUCGAUGCCUUUGAACCCAGUUGUUGGAACCUGUCCAGAGAAAGUGUGUGCCAGUUGUUCCUUCAUUAUCCCUAGACGGUAGAUGACCUCAGUUUAAUUUGUGCUUUUGUUCCCCUCCGGUUUCAUUCGUUCUGAUGUUCAGUCUCGGUGUGGCUACGUGAGAGUAGUAAGACUAUCACUGACCAGGAAUGCUGGCUCCAUUUGCAUUCCAGGCUGCGAUUUACACGAGUUUUAAUGAAGAACAAUGCAACUAUUUCUACAGAGCAUUGUAGGACUUUGUAACACGUAACGGUGCUGUUGUUUCUUGAUUGAUGACGAUGAGUUUAUACACGUUUGGUUGUUUGUUUUUAAAACUAAUGAAAUCGGUUGACAAACUUCUUGAAAAGAAAAUUUUUAGGCAAUCAUUUGCCAAGCCACAGGACAAUAACCAUUUGUGGAUUUUAAUACAGAGCAAGUAACAAGAAAGGAAAAGCCAUAUCACGCGUGCUAGACUACAGAAAGCCAUCGGUUGGUGCCAGGCUCUGCUGCUGUAAUCCAGCGUGGGGCUUGCUGACCCAAGGCACUGCAAGCGGUGUCAGUUGUGGUCAUUUUUGGUCAUGUACGUGUAACAGCAUGUUCCAGGCAAAAAUAUAUAUAUAUAUAUAUCACCUGGGAGAGAAUGAAUUCAUACACGAGGUUCAUGUUUCCAGGAUGGGGACGUACCAUUCAUUAGCUGAUAAAGAAGGGACUGAGAACAAAAUGCAGCUUAAGCUAAAAGCUGCAAUCGGAGAUGCCCAGCUCAGUCCCGAGAGGGGUGGUCAGCAGAUCGAGACCUGGAAGCAGAGAGGUGGGAAGGCAAAGGUGACACGGUGACUUUCAUACCUAGUUACAGCACAAGUAGAAAUCAUAAAGACAACAUGUAAGGGCUGAUCCAUACCUUCUGACGCUCAUUUGUGUUUAGGGUGCUUGUAAAGCUGAAUCCAGAGGAGAGAUUGGAUGUUCAAGAAUUUUUAUUUAAUUGGAAAAAUAUUAGGUGAAGACCAGAAAUGUGCUCCUUUUACUGUCAUUCAUACCUUAAACUGGGAAGCAGGUAGAUAGCACAGCAUCGCUUUGGAGAAAGCAAAAGCUAAUGGUGUGGGAAAAUGGCGUAAGCAAGGGGAAAAUUAUUCCUGUUGCUCUGCGUUUUGUGGGAGGAGCGGUUGUUUUCUUUCUUCCUCCCUCUAUUUUUAAUGUAGAGGCUGCAUCUUACAGCGUGCUGAGCUCUGGUCUUCCUCCUGCAGGUAUGUUUAGGGUGACUCCCUCCUGCAAACUCCAUUCACAGUAAUGGAGCCAGAACUCCAAGUAUGCCAUUUCCUAAACCAGGUAUUAAAAGAUCGUUUUAUAUGCUCGGACAUGAAAUACCUAUUUAAACAUCUCGCAGGACCAGGCCCGAGUGCUCAGCACGCCCACAGCCUGUGAAGCAGGGACCAAUGCUGGAAAAUGCUAAGCGACAUUGCACUGCCUUCAGACUACUCCUGAUCUUGCAGAAUCAAUAAGAAAUAAGAUAUCAGUUAGAUAACAACAGGUGACAACGUGUCUUCUGUGAUAGGAGACACCCCAUGGAAAAUUGUAAGCAAAAAAAAAGGAGUUUGUCUCUCAUGUUAUGUCAACAAACUAUUAUUCCACAAAUAUCAGUACUUAAAGGUAGGAAAAAUGUAUACUCCUGGGAACAAAUGUAAUAGGACAUGCCAUUUUGGUCUGUAUGCUGUUUUCAGAAUGUGUUUUAAUAACUUCUUCAGUAUAGUGGUUACAUUUCCAAUAUUGCAGGUAUUUAUAAAGAAGCAUAGACAGAGCUAAUAAAAUAUCAAACAUC